UUGGGGGUUUAAGGUUCUGGAGAUCUCACCAACAAAUCUAGUCCGUCUGUCAAUCUCUGAGAAUUCCUUCACACCUUAAAACCCUAAUUUCAAUUUCUCAAUUUUUUCCGAAAAUAGCCAUGGAUCACGACAUCUCUCCCUCUUCCAGCUCUUUUAAUCGUUUUACAAUUCUUUAUUGCAAAUGUCUGCAUACCCUUUUCAGUUGCUUCUUCACUGUAUCAGCAGCUCUGCAAUUUAGUUUCAUAGGUACAAAUGGGUGUUUGUAAUUGGUUUAAGAAGAUAAGCGGAAAUAAGAGAAAGAAGGAAAUCUCGCCCGUAAAGUUGGAGAUUCAACCGGAUUCCAUCGAUUCAAAAGACGCAAAGGAUACAUAUUCUACGGGGAACAAAUCGGGGUUUCUUGCCUCUGGUAGGGAAGUUAUUGGCCGUAAAAUUGGAACCAAGGAAAUUGCGGCUACUCGAAUCCAAAGUGCAUUUCGAGCAUAUAAGGCAAGAAAAGCGCUACGUUAUCUCAACGGGAUCUCAAGAUUUCAGGCACUGGUCGACAUGGAUGCUCUUACAAAGCAAGCUUCAAAUGCUCUUGAAAUAUUACAUUUUUGGAGCAAAAUCCAGGCGGAAAUCAGUGCUCGCCGCCUUUCGGCCACUGAAGGCCAGAUUAAGCAAAUGAAGCUUGGAGAUCAGUUGAAAGUCGAAUCCAAGCUUCAUGAACUUGAGAUGAAAUGGUGUGUUGAACCCGAGAUGGAGGAAACCGUAUCGAAGAUACAACAAAGAGCGGAAGCGGCCAACAAACGUGAAAGAGCGUUGGCAUACGCGUUUUCUCAUCAAUGGAGGGCCAAUUCGAACCGAUAUUUUGGUCAAGCUUACUAUGAUUUAAGCAAAGAAAGCUGGGGUUGGAAAUGGAUCGAGCGAUGGAUUGCCGUAUGCCGGUGUGAGGCUCACGUUGUAGUUCGGCCCGUCGUUUCUCCACGGGCUGGGCCAAAACCGAAACCCAAAAAGGUGUUGGUUGCGAUGGGAAUGGAGAAGGUACAACAAAAGCAAGCAAUUGUCCUUCCGGAAGAACGAUGUUGAUUUCCGCACUUUCGUGAUUCAGCGUCAAACCGUUUCU